CUUUGAACUACUGUACUUCCUGUAAUAAAAGCCACAUCGUCCGGCAUAACACAGGUCUGGUUAGAAUUAGAUAGUAGUCAUGUCAGAAACAGCGCGCCCACGUGACCAAACCCGAACUGUGGCAAUAUGAAGGAGAGCAGUUGACUUCGACUAUCGAUUACAACUAUUGAUUUACAACUUUCCGAAGUUUUCCCUGUUGUGGAACGUCUUAUAAUCUCCCAAGGAAAUGUUAGAGUUUGUUUUACCUUUGUUGUUUGGCUUUUUGGCACUCUACUUAAUCAGCGUGCGGUUCAGCAGAACAAGGAGAGAUGGGGAGCCUCCACUUGUAAAUGGUUGGAUUCCAUUCCUUGGGAAGGCUUUGGAGUUUCGAAAGAAUGCACAUGGAUUUCUGGCAGCACAUAAGGAGAAACAUGGAGAUGUAUUUACUGUGCUGAUUGCUGGUAAAUACAUGACGUUUAUAAUGAACCCGUUGCUGUAUCCGUACGUCAUCAAACAUGGCAAACAGCUGGACUUCCAUGAGUUUUCUGACCAAGUGGCCCCCGUGACGUUCGGCUACCCCCCUGUCAGGAGCGGCAAGUUCCCCGGAAUGGACGAGCACAUCCAGAGGUCCUUCCGCCUUUUGCAGGGCGACAACCUCGAUAACCUGACAGAGAGCAUGAUGGGAAAUCUCAUGCUUGUGUUCCAUAAAGACUACCUGGAUGGGGAGAGCGAGUGGAGAACUGAAAGUAUGUACCAGUUCUGCAAUUCGGUCAUGUUUGAGGCUACUUUCCUGACCAUGUAUGGCAAGCCUGCCCACACAAACAGACACAGCGGAAUGGUGACGCUCCGACAGGACUUUGUCAAGUUCGACAACAUGUUCCCCCUCCUCAUUGCCAGGAUCCCCAUCUCUUUGCUGGGAGGAACCAAGACCAUCCGGGAUAAACUCAUCAACUACUUCCACCCUCAGAGGAUGUCUACAUGGUCCAACACGUCUGGGUUCAUAAAGGAAAGAGCAGCCCUGUUUGAACAGUAUGACUGCAUGGGAGACGUAGAUAAAGCAGCUCAUCAUUUUGCCAUUCUAUGGGCGUCGGUGGGAAACACAGUCCCAGCCACCUUCUGGGCCAUGUAUUACCUGUUGACACACCCAGAGGCCCUUGCAGUAGUGCGUGAGGAGAUCCAUUGUGUCCUGAAGGUCUCAGGACUAGAAGCAGACCACAACCAAGACGCCACCUUCACCCGAGAACAGCUGGACAGCCUACUGUAUCUUGAGAGCUCCAUAAACGAGAGUCUGAGGCUGUCUUCAGCCUCCAUGAACAUCCGUGUGGCCCAGGAGGACUUCAGCUUGCGGCUGGAGGGAGAGCGCUCUAUCGGAGUGAGGAAAGGAGAUAUCAUCUCCCUGUAUCCCCAGAGCAUGCACAUGGACCCCGAGAUCUACGAGAAUCCAGAGAUGUACAAGUUUGACCGAUACGUCGAAGACGGAAAGGAAAAGACGGACUUCUUUAAGGAUGGCCAGAAGCUGAAGUACUACCGGAUGCCAUUUGGCUCGGGCUCCACUAAGUGCCCAGGAAGGUACUUUGCUGUGAAUGAGAUAAAGCAGUUCCUGUCUCUGCUGCUGCUUCAUUUUGACAUGGAGGUGGUGGAGGGGCAGGAGCCGUGUUCCCUGGACUCUAGCCGUGCUGGCCUGGGUAUCCUGCUCCCUGCCACAGACGUCCAGAUCCACUACAGACCACGUCAGGCCAGAGAGGAAGAAUAGAGGGCUGAGCCCCAUGCAGCUCAUAUGGAUUUUUACUAUUUUCUCAUGGGUGCAUCCCAAACGGUACCCUAUUUAUUCCCCACAUAGUGCACUAUUUUAGACCAGGGCCCAUAGGGUCAUAAGUACUGCUCUAUAUUGGGAAUAGGGUGCCAUUUGAGACGCACCCAUGUAUUUUACUAUUUUCUCAUAGACUGAUGUUAACUCUAUGGUUAUUCACACGAGAAGUUAUUGACUUGCUAAUUUGUCAAUUUAUUAUAUAGGCAAGCUCCAGCUGUGGGUAAGGCUAGUGAAUCUGCUAGCUAGGAACCUUUUGUUGUUUUAUUCCAUAGGACAUAAUGAGCCAAUAAUUAGAUAUAGUUAGCCGUUUUUGCUGUUAAAAAACGAUGACCAUAUCUUGUAUUAAAAUAAAAUACAAAUGUUUAUUAUUAUGCCUUGCUUAUAUUAUUACAUAAGCUGUAUCCUACAGUACAGUGGCUGUAUCCUACAGUACAGUAGCUUUACAGUAACGUGAUCAUAGCUUUAUGUAUGGUGGUGUCCCUAAACAUUUCUGAUGGCAUAUUUAUUCGUAUAAUGUUUCAAUAACUGACCAUUUAAUGUUAUACAUUCAAAUGUCUUUCCUAUUUCAAGACACUAACAGGACACUUACUAUUUACUAUUCAUGAAAUCAAAUAAAUUAAAACCUAACAAACCA